AGGUAACAUGGAGCAGCCCUUCUGGCCUUUUCAGUUGUAUUCAGAGAGAUGUUUGCCUGCUGUGAAUAUCUGGGUGCUUGGAGUUCACUCUGAUUUUAACAAGCCCAUCAAUAAUAAAACAUUGUAUUGAUAGAGCAAGAUCUACUUCUGUAAAGUUGUUGCUCCACAGAAAAGCAGCAUAAAGAAGCUAGCUGGAUUAUUUGUAUGAUAUGUAGCUUUUUUAGGAUGUUUUGUUCUUUAUAUGGUGUUCAUUUCAAAUACAAGCGUGUGAACUUUGUGUUCCCUUUUAGGGGCUGGUUCUGGGGUAACAAGGAAACACAAGGCCUAAACACCUCUGGCUUGUCUGUCCAAGGAUCUGCCUCAAUUGUGGCUCCCAUCCUUCUGAAGAACUCUUCAGCACAGGGCAGUCGAGUGCUGGUUAUAAAGGUGGUGAUAAUUAGGAAUAAGCUGUUCAAGCUUGGAUAAAUGUUUAGAAAUCAUUGCUUAGAUAUUGCUGUGUAAAACGCUCGCUCACGGUGGGAGAAUUCUCCAGGGUCAAGCUGUUCAGGUAUGUGCAGUUUAUUAUAUGGGUAAAGAGAGGGGAGAGCUGUGUCCGCCACCAGCCUCGGCGUCCACGUGGACGUUUCAUUCGUUUUCCAUUUAUUUUAUUCUCUAAAUCUUCAGAGUGCCAGGAAAAUACCGGGUUUUUUUAAUGUAGGGCCACACUGGAAAUACAAAACGUUCUCAGCUGGGCUCUCUUUUAUAAUUUUGGCUGUGUUCUCGGCCAAUAGAAAUGAGCAGAGGACAGAGCAGAGGCAGCUCAGUCCAUGCUCCACAACAUGGGAUAUUUUAGCUCAUUCCGUAAUUAAGAGACCAAAAGCCAAAAAUGUUCCUCUAGAAACGAAUGGCUUUCCCUGUUUGGGGUAUCUCACUGUCCUCUCCUGGCUGCAUUAUCCAUCUGCAGACCACUCCGUCUCCCCCAAGCUCUUCCAUUAAAUUCCCAGCCCACAUUGCUUGGACCAGCAUCAUCUCUCUUAAUUCCUGCCAGCCUGGAACUUGUUCAUGAAGUUUCCUUUUAUAGCUCCAAUUGUUUGCACAAACCCAGAGGAGCCGCUUGGCCGGAGAAACUGCCCAGUGGAGCAUGUGGAGCCUGGCCCCAGCCAGGCUGGAACAUCUCCCCGAAUUCUCCAGGGCGUACAAAGUACAGCUGCACUCUGCAGAUAAUAAAUGGAGAGCUCUGGGAGGCCUGAGCAAGCAGAAUUGCUCAUUUUUAAUUCACAGCCUUGGAAAUCAGGGGGGUUUUGAGGUGAAAUUGUGCCCAGAGUUCCUUUGUCCGGUGGUCCCAGGGAGCCUUAGCGCUGCCCCUGGAUUACAAUGCAGGUUUGUCUGAGGUGCCUGCACGUAAAGAACGUCCAGAGUCACCUCUGACUUCACUGGAAGGUGCAUAACCCCCUUUUUGGGGUUUUAUUGCCAGGUAAGGGACUCUGCCCAGUCCUUCCUGACAGUCCAUGUCCCUCUCUCCGUGUCCUACAUCUGUGUGACGGCACCGAGGGGCUGGGCUUCCCUGGAGCACCGCACCGAGAUGGAGUUCUCCUUCUUCUACGACACCGUUCUCUGGAGGACAGGGAUCCAGACGGACAGCGUGCUCUCGGCCCGCCUGCAGAUAAUCCCCAUCUACAUCCGCGAGGACGGACGGCUGGUCAGCGAGUUCAGGACGCAGGCCAAGUUCAGAGCGCUGUUUGUCACGGAGCACCACAGCCUGCCAGAGGUCAGGUCCUCUUUGAGAACUCCAGAGCACCUGGGAGGCAUCGAAUUUGACCUGCAGCUGCUGUGGAGUGCUCAGACUUUUGAUUCUCCCUGCCAGCUCUGGAGAGCAACCAGCUCCUACAACAGGAAGGAUUACUCUGGAGAAUACACCAUGUUCCUGAUCCCCUGCACGGUGCAGCCCACGCAGCCGUGGGCAGAGCCUGGAGCCAAGCCCCUGCCCUGCACGGCUCACGCUCCCGAGCGGUUUUUGAUCCUGAUCACCUUCCAGCAGACAAGCCGCCCAGUUCCAGUUGUUUACUCCCAGAACGCAAGAGUUUCAGAUCUGUAACGACGAGAAGGUUUUUCUAAUGGACCCCACCAAAUCGGAAAGGUCUCUGGCAGAAAUGGAUUACAAGGGGGGCUUUUUCCAAGGGUAGGAUUUACCUCUCCUCUUCUGCUUGUGCCCAGCGUUUCUGCUUUCACAGCUUCCAUUCCCUGGAGAGGAAAGGGCAAAACCCACAGGUAGCUUUGCCUCUUCUACAGCAAUCAUUGACAUCUUACAGCCCUGUGAAAGAGCAGCGUGCUCUGGCACCGCGUUUUGUCACUCCCACCCACCGAGCCCUUCCCAAACAACCCAAACCCUUCUGAACACGGACACUUGGCUCUAGCAGCGUUUUCCUGCUUGGGAAAUUUCACCUGCCCCUCUUUGUCCCGACCUCCCCAGGGCAGAUCCUGUACGGGCACGUGCUCUGGCACCCGGAACAAAACCUCAACGCUGCUUACAAGCUGCAGCUGGAGAAGGUCAACCUGUGCACAGGCAGGGAUGGCUACGUGCCCUUCCUCGACCCCACGGGUACCGUCUACAACGAGGGGCCCCGGUACGGCUGCAUCCAGCCCAACAAGUACCUGAAACACCGAUUCCUCCUCCUGGACCAAAACCAGCCAGAAGUGAGGGAUAAGUAUUUCCACGAUGUGCCUUUUUGACGCCCACUUUGCUUCCCAGCUGUCGGAGUUCCACUCGGUGAGCAGCAUGCCCGGAGUUGAUGGAUUUACUCUCAAGGUGGACGCUCUCUACAAGGCACUCAUGAGAAAGCUCUUUAAAAACACAUUAUUCGUGUUCCUGAAGGAAUUAAUGCCAUCGCAAAGGCAGGACACCUCACGGGGUGGUCCGUGCUCCCGAGGAGCUCCCCUUGAACACCCGAGGUGGAGCUGCCCCGGGGCGCCCCGAAGGCGGCGGGCGGCCGCUGCUGCACCGUCAGGAACCUUCAUCCACCGAGGGACGCGGCGGCCUCUGCCAGGGCCAGGGCAGGAAAGUGAAGCAGGUGCACAUGGAAGUCAAAGUCCACGGCAAUUUGCACGACGGCACGGAAGUUUCAUGGAGCACACGCAUUGGGAAAAGCUUUUUAUAAACUGUAAAAUAAAGAUAAUCCAAAACUGAAAA